AUGGUUGUGGCCAGGAGGCUUCAGAUUUUUUGGGAUCGUGAAGAACAACACCAUCCGGGAUGUCGAAACGAGGAAGAUGAGGUUCCGUCGGGUCUGUCGGUGGCGAUGACGGUGAACUGCACCGAUAAUACUGGUGCUAAGAACUUGUACAUCAUAUCGGUGAAAGGGAUCAAUGGAAGGCUUAACAGAUUGCCUUCAGCUUGUGUUGGAGAUAUGGUAAUGGCUACUGUGAAGAAGGGUAAGCCAGAUCUCAGGAAGAAGGUUAUGCCUAUUGUCAUUAUUCGUCAGCGGAAGCCAUGGCGCCGAAAGGACUGUGUCUUCAUGUACUUUGAAGAUAAUGCUGGUGUGAUUGUGAACCCCAAGGGAGAAAUGAAAGGGUCUGCGAGGACUAGCCCAAUUGGUAAAGAAUGA